CUUUUCUUACCUGUCCCCUUUCCUCUCUGCCCGGGUUUUUAGUCUCUCUCUGUUUCCUCCGGGGUUUGAGCAACAUCAGGGCAAUUUCGUGGAUUGUGGUAUUGACUCCGCAAUGCUUCUUUAAUAAUAGUCACCGCCGAACGCUUCCCCGUACUCGCAUCCGCCGUCACCCUUUCCCCUGCUUCCUAUCACCCGGACAAGCCACACCUCAUACGGAACAGAUCACCGGGGUUGCGAUACACCAAAUAUGCCUUCCGGGACUUCCUCCGCGGAGUCUCCAAGCGGCAGCAGUUCCGCCGGUCUCAGUUCCACCUCACCAUCCGCUCCCAACGGCAAAAGCACCACCCCUUCCCCGACGGUCACCCGCGAGGAUGCCAGCGUCGAGCUUAAAGCCAUGAAACCGGAGCGGGGGGUUGUAAAGGGCUCAAUUCCUCUAGGAGAAGAUAUCAUGCAGAUUGCCCGAAUCGGCGAGAUCCCGGCUAUGCGACGACUCUUCGAUGAGAAGAAAUUCACCGCCAACCACCAGGAUGACGAAGGCAUAACCCCUUUACACUGGGCGGCGAUCAACAACCAGUAUGCGAUGUGCAAGUUCUUGCUGGACUCCGGCGCCGACGUGAAUGCCAAAGGAGGAGAAUCGGUGGCCACACCCGCCAUGUGGGCGGCACAGCGGUGUCACUACUACAUCGUUCACCUCCUUCUUCAGCGCGGCGCCGAUCCUCUUCUCACCGACGUGCAAGGGUACAACAUCCUACAUUUGGCGACCAUCGAUGGCAAUGCGUUCUUGCUUGUCUUGUUACUACAGCAAGAAAUACCGGUGGAUGUGGCCGACCAACAGGGCCAUACGGGACUUAUGUGGGCAGCUUAUAAGGGAUUUCCGGCAUGCGUUGACCUGUUCUUGCGCUGGGGCGCCAAUGCGAACGCCGUCGACGACAGUGGUCUGACCCCCCUUCAUUGGGCACUGGUAAAGGGCUCCAUGCCAUGUGUCAUGAAGAUUAUAGAAUAUGGUGCGGAUAGAUUCGCGAAAACCCAAGAUGGUAAAAGCCCGGCAACAGUGGCCGGCGAGAUGAAUACAACGAGGAUAUGGUAUCGCGCCCUGGAUGAAUGUGGCUUCGAUCUGGAUGGGAACAUGAAGGUCAUUCCUAUGGGAUUGAACUCGUGGGUCCGGAACAAAAACAUCAUGUCGAAGUUCUUCUUUCUUUGGCCAUUUUUGAUGGUCUUCGUGGCUCUAUGGAUCCUAAGCAACAUGGCCGUGUAUGCCGCCAUCCCGAUCAUGCUGGUUACCGUCUUUGGGCUACAAUGGGCUGCGCAGAAAGCUGCGAGUAGGAGCGUUCCGGAAUAUAGGAUCCUUCAAAAAACGCCAUAUUUAUCUGGCGUGUUCGCAGGCUCUUUAUUCUGGGUCGGCGUUCGAUACGCCCUCUAUGUUCUGCCCGCCACAUACUCCACUGCUCCGUUUUUGAACAUCUUUUUUGUCAUAUUCUACGGCUUGACGACCUACUUCUAUCUCUAUGCCAUGAUCGAGGAUCCUGGCUUUGUUCCCAAACUCGGAAGCCGAAAUCAGCAGAGAGCGGUCAUUGCCGAGCUCUUUGAGCAGUGGAAAUUCGACGAGGAAAACUUUUGUGUGUCUUGCAUGGUCCGGAAACCUCUCCGGAGCAAGCAUUGUAAGCGUUGUGGGCGCUGCGUUACAAAGCAUGACCACCAUUGCCCCUGGAUCGAUAACUGUGUUGGGGCGAACAACCUGCGGCAUUUUGUUCUAUACAUCACGUGUCUCGAAGUUGGCAUUAUCUUGUUCCUGCAGCUAACCUUCAUCUAUAUCAACGCUUUACCAGCACCGGCAUCGCCCAAGUGCAAUGUGAUUAACGACGUGCUGUGUGAUUUCGUGGUCCGUGACACGUUCACCCUUGUUCUUGAUAUAUGGGUUUGUAUUCAGCUGGUCUGGGUAACAAUGCUCUGCGCCGUUCAACUGGUUCAGAUCUCCCGAAACCAGACAACGUACGAGAAUAUGCGGGGGCAUUCGAUUGAUAGAAGCUAUCCGAGCUCGCGAGCUUUCGCGUCGGCUCUGGCUGCCGGGACAACUUCACUUGAUGCCGCUGGCCUCUCAUCUGCGGGUCAAGGACCGAACCCAGCCUUGGCGCCGGGUGCUCUUCACCGACCGCGAAGACAUGGGUGCUUGCAGCAGUGGUCAUCUCUUCUGGGUGUCGACACCUUCUUCGCCACCGCACGAGAUGGGCUGCGGGAUGGCCGCCACUCGCAGCGCCCCAAGAACCCCUUCUCGCGGGGCUUCGUUACCAACUGCCGCGACUUCUGGUGUGAUCCGGCGCCCUACUUUGGCAAGCGUGAAUCUGGCUCCGCAAUGCUUGGUGGUGAGGUAAUCAACUACAAUCAAAUGUACGAGGCUCCGUUGCGGAUGCAUACUGGGGGCGGGUACCGCAGCCUGGCCGGGGAGGAACCUGAGCACAUGGUUUGAGAGCACAUGGUUUGAAGAUGAUUUGACGAUACGAUUAGUUAAUCUCUCGAUGUGAUCUCUCUGGUUUGGGGGGAGGCCGAGUCAGAAGGGAAAGUCACAUUUUGGUCCUCAGAGCGAUAUUAACGAAACGAAUAUCAGAGGAACCUCUGUAUAGACACGCGCAUGGCCGAUUGGAUUAGACGGCCCCUGAUGGUUGUACUUACGAACUUUCUUCUUGCUUUCGUCUCCUGUGUUUGUAUAGUCGUAGAUUUUUUGAAUUUCAAUCAAUU